AUGCCCGCGAAGCGCAGACCGCCGACGACAGGCCCGCCCGCCACGGACGUGCCGCGCCCCCGCGCCUCGAAGCUCGCCAAGGAGCACAACAUCUCGGCGCAGGAGGAGCGCGAGAUCCGCGAGGCCUUCUCGCUCUUCGCCGAGCCGAUGAGGGGCCGCGCGAAGGAGGGCGUGAUCCCCACGGCGGACGUGCGGUCCUGCCUCGUCGCGCUCGGCAUCCCGCCCGCGACGCGCCAGGAGCAGGCCGAGUUCGUCGAGAUCCUGGACCCCGACGGCGAGGGGUUCGUCGACUUCGAGCCCUUCUUCGCCAUCUGCGCGCUCAAGUACCACCAGCGGGGCCAGCAGAGCAGCAUGGACGAGAGGCGGCGCGAGGUCGAAGAGGCCUUUGCCCUGUUCACCGGGGCGGGCGCGGGCGGCGGCGCCGCCGCGGGCCCGCGGGACGUCAUCACGAUCGCGGACCUGAAGAGGGUCGUCAGCGUGCUGAGGGAGGACGUCAAGGAAGAGGUUCUGCGGGACAUGAUCCUCGAGGCCAACGGCGGCGCGGGCGUGGGCAAGGGUGUGAAGAAGGAGGAGUUCGAGGAGGUCAUGCGCCGCGCCGGGGUUUGGCGGUGA